AGAAGAAAAUCCUUUACCUGCAGCAUCUCGGUAUCCACCAUCUCUCUCACAACAACAAAACGAUGCUAAAUUUAAAUCUUGGUUACAACGAGCCAAUGAUGCUCAAUGAUCCCAUUUCUUUUUUUUUUUCCUUUAAUAUAGAUGUAUCUUUAUUCAUUUUGAUUCUCUUUAUCAUUUUAUAUACAUUUUCAUUUCCCCCACAUAGUCAUGUACACACACACAAAUAAAAAUCAAAUCAUUUCUCAAAUUUAUCCUUUAAAGAAAAAUGCAAUACUAUACACUCAAAUACGAUCAUCCCCAUUCUCAUCAGCAUUAUCAGGGGCGCUACUAUCCACAUUACUAUCCGCAUUACCAUCUGCAUUACCAUUCAUAUUAUCAUCCACAUUAUCAUCUGCAUUACCAUUCACACUAUCAUCCACGUUAUCAUUCACAUUAUCAUCCACUCUAUCCUCCAAUCUGCCAUCCACAGUAUCGUUAAUAACUAUGUACCUUUUGCCCUCCAAAAAGAAGGAGACCUAUGGAGCUUUAUUGUUAUCAUUAAAAAAAAAAAAAAAAAACAUCUAAUCUAAUUUUAAAGGUGAUGUGAGGGAUAUAAACUAG